AUGGCGAUCACGUACUAUCUACCGAAGUUGCGGCGCAAGUGGCGGUUGGGAACGGCGCUCUGCAGCGUACUUAUCAUGUACAGCGCUGGCCACUGCCUGAUAGUCUCUUUUCUCGUGUCAUCGCUAACAGGAUCACCAUCAUACGGCGAUCAGUGGGAGCGACCUGUUCCGGUAGGCUACCGCAUUCAAACUUCGGGUUGCACGACGCCCAGGUUCGACCCAUUCGACCCAACGGUCAGGCCUUUCAUCCGGCGCAACUUCAAGCGCGCCCAGUGCCCAGGGAAACCCAACUUUCUCACCAUAAGGAACGGGUUUCCAUCCAUACUGCCGCAGCAAUUGAAGCAACACGGCGUGCUUCCAGAGGACGUCGUCUGCUUCUACAAGAAAAUCUACCGUAACGCAUCCCUAGCUGUUCCAGAUAAACAUUACAUGAAAGGGAGAAGAAAGAGGUUGUCGUUCGACAAGGCGCUGAAAGAGGAGUUUAUCCUCGUCGAAUGCGCCACAAAGAAGUCUCCGGAGAGUUCAUUUCACAGACAGUUUCUGUUGAACCCGCUCCUCAAGAAGAAUGUGGAGAAGCGAUGCCGAAGGGUGCGCAGACGGACGCCACACAAUCUCAGCGUUAUAAUGCUCGGUCUCGACUCGGUUUCCUACCUGAACUUCGACAGGCACCUACCGGAGACUGCGAAGUUUGUGCGGGAGAAACUCGGCGCUUUCGAGCUCCAUGGAUACAACAAAGUUGGGGAGAACUCAUUACCGAACGCACUUGCCUUCUUAGCAGGUGUUAAGGAUGUCGAAGCGUACCAGGCACUGGAGUUCGGAUUCUACGACAAACUUAGUUCAAGGUUAAUAUGGCGUCAAUAUUCAUUGCGCGGCUACCGGACCAUGAUGUUCGAAGAAUGGGCGCUGCCGGGUUACUUUUGUGCGUUCCAACGCAAUGGAUUCCGGCACCAACAAACCGACUACUACCCCCGUCACGUCGUCAUGCUAAUGGAAGACUUAGGCAAGACUGUAGAAGAUGAUCAAAGCUGUUUGGGACCCACAACGCAGUCCAAAGAACUUCUCGGCUAUCUUGCCAACUUCGUCAACGUAAUGUCGAAGCGGUCGUUCUUCGCAUUCGCCUGGUUCACCGACAUAACACACGAAAGGCUCAACAACGCAGCCUAUGCAGACGAGCCCUUCCGGCAAGCGCUCGAAAUUCUGCACGCUUCCGGCGCACUCAACCACACAGUGCUCGCCUUCUUCAGCGACCACGGAAUGCGGAGAGGAGACAUCCGUGCGACGUACAUUGGAAGGCUGGAAGACAUUCAGCCUUUCGCCUUCCUCGUCUUUCCGCCGUGGUUCCUAGAGAAGCAUCCCGAAGCAGCUCAGAGCCUUCGUGUCAACCAGCACCGCCUGACAACGCCCUUCGACUUGCACGCGACGUUCGUCGAGCUGCUCGACUAUCCUGUUCGCCAGCGACCGCGUACUGCGUACGGACUUAGCUUGCUUAAUGAGAUACCCGAUCACAGGACGUGCGCCGAUGCGUCCGUUAAGUAUAAGUGGUGCUCGUGCAAUGUCCAGGGCGAUGUUGCCGUACCCCGUACUCUGGCACGAGCAAUGGCGAAUCAGGUUGUUUCUGACGUCAACGAGGUCUUAGCGCGGGAAACGCGAAAGUGUGCUAAGUACCGACUGCUCCAGGUUAUCGACGUCACAUUGCUGCAGGCGACGCCGGCUGAUCUCGCAAGGAAUACGAGUCAUUACUUGGUCGACGUCACGCUGUCGCCUGGCAACGUCCUCUUGGAAAGCACAGUACGUGUUGGGGCUGACAAUGCAAUCAAGGUGGAGGAUAUCAGCCGCGGCGACGGGUACAAGGCACAGACCUACUGCAUACGUGGACACAAGAAUGAGCAAUACUGCUACUGCCGCCGUACUUACGGUGGACAGAUGUGA